GGUGGGCUGGGCUGGGCGAGUGCGUGUAGUCUUGCAUGACUCAUGUCACGGAGUCGAUCAACAUUGGGCAGAAAGCUGUGAGUUGCAGGCGCCCUACUUACCUUAUAAGGCUGUAUUUUAAAAGCAUCUGGCGGUUCGCGGCCGCCGAGCGCGAGUUGCCGUCAUUGUGAGUGCCUGCAGGGCUGAGGCUACACCUGUGUGCUCUACAUCCAGUUAAAUAGUCGAAAUGUUCAUGUACGAGCCCCCUAGCAAACUGAAACUCAACUCUGUUGAAGAAUUCCAGGAGGCAUUCCAGCUCUUUGACUCUCGUGGAGACGGCAAGAUCCAUGUGGCUCAGAUCGGGGACGCCCUCCGCGCCCUCGGCCAGAACCCCACCGAGUCUGAUGUGAAGAAAUGCACGCACCACCUCAAGCCCGAUGAGAGGAUAUCCUUCGAAGUCUUCCUGCCUAUUUACCAGGUACUGUCCACGGGACCCCCUCGGCAACUGCAAUCCAGAACAGCAAUCUCGAAGGCGCGCAGCGGCGACACGGCCAACGACUUCAUCGAGGGGCUCCGGCACUUCGACAAGGACGGCAACGGGUUCAUCUCCUCGGCCGAGCUGCGGCACCUGCUGUCCACGCUGGGCGAGAAGCUCAGCGAUGACGAGGUGGAGCAACUGCUGCAAGGCCAGGAGGACUCUCAGGGAAACAUCAACUACGAGAACUUCGUGCACCUCAUCAUGCAGGGCUGAGCUGUCCGCGACAGUACCGCCGCCACCGGCAUUUAUAUAACUAGCUCCUACAGUACAUGCGUCCGAGUGUUGGUCAACUGUGGCCACAUGUUUGGACCAAUUCAUGAGUUUAAAAUCGCCAUCAGCCAAUGAAUAGUUUCUGCUAGAUAUAAACCACUCCACAGAC